AUGGUUCAUCUCUUUUUUAUCCUUCAUCUUUCUCUCCUCCUUUUUUAUCCGUCGUCUUUCUCUCCUCCUUUUUUAUCCUUCGUCUUUCUCCUUUUUUUUAUCCUUCGUCUUUCUCCUUUUUUUUAUCCUCCGUCUUUCUCCUUUUUUUUAUCCUUCGUCUUUCUCCUUUUUUUUAUCCUUCGUCUUUCUCCUUUUUUUAUUAUCUUCCUUCAUCUUUCUCCUUUUUUUAUUAUCUUCCUUCAUCUUUCUCCUUUUUUUAUUAUCUUCCUUCAUCUUUCUCCUUUUUUUAUUAUCUUCCUUCAUCUUUCUCCUUUUUUUAUUAUCUUCCUUCAUCUUUCCCCUUUUUUUUAUUAUCUUUCUUCAUCUUUCUCCUUUUUUUAUUAUCUUCCUUCAUCUUUCCCCUUUUUUUUAUUAUCUUUCUUCAUCUUUCUCCUUUUUUUUAUCCUUCAUCUUUCUCCUUUUUUUUAUCCUUCAUCUUUCUCCUUUUUUUUAUCCUUCAUCUUUCUCCUUUUUUUAUUAUCUUCCUUCAUCUUUCUCCUUUUUUAUUAUCUUCCUUCAUCUUUCUCCUUUUUUAUUAUCUUCCUUCAUCUUUCUCUUUGUCCUUCCUCUUUCUCUUUUUUUUAUUAUCUUGGUUCAUUUUUCUCUUUAUCCUUCAUCUUUUUUUUAUUAUCUUGGUUCAUCUUCCUCUUUUUUUAUAAUCUUGGUUCAUCUUCUUUCAUUCAUUUUUAUUCUCUCUCUUUAUUAUCUAUCUUGUUUCUCUUUCUUUAUAAUUUAUCUAGGCUCUUCUUUCUCUUUCUUUUCAGGAUUUAUCUUGUUUCAUUUGUCUUUCGCUAUCUUUUUGUCAUUUACCUUUCUUCAUCUGUUUUCCACAAAAUCUUCUUUUCUCUUAUUCUCAGUUCUUGUUCUUCCUUUCUCAAUUUUCUCUUUUUUAUUUUCACUCUCUAUUCUAACCCUGGAAAUUCCCUAUUUCUUUUUAUGCAUUUUUCUUUUACCCUCCUCCUCUUCUGCUUCCCUCUAUUUUCAGAUUUACUUUAA